UCUGAUUCCGUUUGUCACAAAUGCAACGAAGUGAUUACCCAACGUAUCAUCACGGCCCUUGGCAAGACCUGGCAUCCGGAACAUUUUGCCUGCAAAGACUGCCAACAGCCGAUACAAGAGGCCACCUUCAAUAUACAGGAAGGUGAACCGGUUUGCUCCAAAUGUUUCCUACAAAAUUAUUCUGGCACAUGUCAGGCAUGUCAAAAGCCAAUUUUGGAGCGCACCAUAAAAGCCCUGGGCAAAACCUGGCAUGAGGAGUGUUUCUGUUGCGGUGGCAAUUGUAAAAAACCCUUGGUGGGUACCUCCUUCUACGAGCGGGAUGGCAAGGCUUAUUGUAAGACAGAUUUUGAAGAGCUGUUUGCUGCCCGCUGUGCUGGUUGCACUCGCCCCAUAACGGAAAAUGCCAUAGUGGCUCUGGAGGCCAAAUGGCAUAGGGAUUGUUUUAAGUGCAAGAUUUGUGAAAAUCCCAUAACUGCCUCAACAUUUGCCGUUGAAGGUAAUCGACCAGUUUGUACAGAUUGUGCGGCCUAAAUUGCAAUUACAUCCU